AUGGUUCAAGGGAAAGUCGCUGUUCACUGUCAUGCAGGUCAUGGAAGAACGGGUAUGGUUAUAGCAGCAUGCCUGAUGCUAGUGCGAGGAGUAACCCCACGCGAAGCCGUCGCUAUUGUCAGACAGAAACGGCCAGGCUCGGUGCAGAGUACGGAUCAAGUUCAAGCUUUGCACGCCCUCCGUGCCCUCCUUCUCAACGAUGCCUCUGUACUUCCAACGUCACCAUUCCGUUCAACUUCGAAAUACAUUGAAUUCACGGGUCGUGUGCUGCCUAGAAUGGACAUGAGACGAUACGGCAAAGUUCCCAAGCCGCUUUUCAUUGGCAUGAUCGCCCUUCUCCGGAAAUUCUACAGUACUGUUGUGUUGAGGACCGAGUCAUACACAGAAAACCCAUGGCGUUUCCGAUUCAAAUGUCGCCGAUCAACGAACUUCGUAGUCACAGAAGAAAUGCUACAUCUUAUGGGUGUCGAUGUAACCACACGAGGGCAAACGUAUUACUUCCGAAGAGUACAACAAGGAAUAAACAUAAUCAAUUUGGAGAAAUUUUUGAUGGAAGAAAAGGACAUCGUGGAGUUGGUAUCGUUCAUCGACUUCUUCAUGCGAACAGCAUUCUUCCAGUUGAUGACCUCGGAAGAUUUGACGUCAUUCUUGGCUGCCGCUCAUUCCUCUGAAGAGUGUAUGAGAAAGGUGAACAUCUCAGAACGAAUAAAAAAAUCUCUUACCAACCAUUUUUUUCCGUGA